UUCAUAUGAUUUUUACAUAUAAGUAGGUAAGUGAGCAUCAUUUUAAAAAAGAGAAAACAACUGAAACUUCAAAAAUACAAAUUUUGGAUAAUCGUUUCAUUUUCAAGUUAGGGCCGAGACAUUUGCAGAGAUGUUCAAGAAGGUGUUGCCCAUGUUCGACAGAGUUUUAAUCUUGAGAUCGGAGCGUCAGACGAAGUCGAAAGGCGGAAUAGUACUUCCGGAAAAUGCUCAGGGCCGAGUCUCACACGGAACCGUGAUCGCCGUCGGGCCCGGCGCCAGGGACCAUAAAGGCGAGGUAGUCCCACCGCUCAUCAAAGUCGGUGACAAAGUCCUCCUGCCCGAAUACGGAGGGACAAAGAUUGAGCUCGAGCCCAACAAAGAGUUCCAGCUAUUCAGAGAACGGGACAUUCUGGCAAAAUUCAAAUGAUUACAAUUGGUGAGAAACUUAAUCGCACGUAUUGGAUGAAAAACAAAUAAAUGUCUUUUCAAUUAUA